GUUUCCGAGACGUUCACGGUGUGAUCGGGAUCCUGAGCUGUGUGUGAAUGUCUCCUCACAUUUUCUCCAUAAAUCCUCUCCUCCCGGCCCCGAAUGAAGAUUAAGCGUUAUGCCAAAAGAAAAAUAUGACCCUCCAGAUCCUCGUCGAUGUUACACCAUCAUGUCCGCCGACGAGGCGGCCAACGGAAAGAAAUCUCACUGGAAUGAGCUCGAAAUCUCAGGUCGUGUUCGGAGUUUGAGCAACUCAUUAUGGACGCUCACUCAUCUGACGGCGCUUCACAUCAACGACAACAACCUGAGCCGCCUCCCUCCCGACAUCGCCAAACUGCCUCACCUCGUCUACCUGAACCUGUCCAACAACAAGCUACGCAGCCUGCCCGCCGAGAUCGGCAACAUCGUCUCUCUCAGGGAAUUGCUUUUAAACAACAAUCUUUUACGAGUCCUGCCUUAUGAACUCGGGAGACUUUUCCAACUGCAGACCCUCGGGCUGAAAGGAAACCCUCUGUCCCAGGACAUCCUCAACCUUUACCAGCAACCUGAUGGAACCCGGAAACUUUUGAACUACAUGCUCGACAAUCUGCCAGUUCACCCCGAGCAGCUUCCUCAGAGACCGUGGAUCAGCCUGAAGGACAGAGACACGGCGAGCACCACAGCCGUGUUCAGCGUCAUGUGCUAUAACGUGCUGUGUGAUAAAUACGCCACGCGGCAGCUCUACGGAUACUGUCCGUCCUGGGCGCUCAGCUGGGAGUACAGGAAGAAAGGCAUCAUGGAGGAGAUCACGCACUGCGACGCUGACAUCAUCAGUCUUCAGGAGGUGGAGACAGAGCAGUACUAUACUCUGUUUCUAGAAACCCUGAAGGAUCAUGGGUAUGACGGGUAUUUCUGUCCGAAGUCUCGAGCCAAACUCGUCUCUGAGCAAGAAAGGAAACACGUGGACGGCUGCGCUGUUUUCUUCAAGACACAGAAGUUCUCUUUGGUCCAGAAACACACGGUUGAGUUUAACCAGGUUGCCAUGGCGAACUCUGAGGGCUCUGAGGUGAUGCUGAACCGGGUGAUGACCAAAGACAACAUCGGGGUCGCUGUGCUGCUUGAAGUCAACAAGGACGCCUUCUCUGGAGGUGUAAAGCCCCCUCAGGACCGUCAGCUGAUUCUCGUGGCGAACGCUCACAUGCACUGGGAUCCUGAGUUCUCCGACGUGAAGUUGAUCCAGACGAUGAUGUUCCUGUCGGAGCUGAAGAGCAUCGCUGAGCAGGCAUCAGGCUCCGUGGCAACCGGCUCGCCAUCCUCCGACCUGUCGUCCAUCCCAAUUGUCCUCUGUGCUGACCUCAACUCGCUGCCCGACUCUGGUGUGGUGGAAUACCUCAGCAACGGUGGAAUAGCCGAAAAUCACAAGGACUUCAAGGAGCUCCGCUACAAUGAAUGUCUGACCAACUUUAACUGCAACGGAAAGAACGGCAACUCAGAUGGCAGCAUCACCCACAGCUUCCAACUAAAGAGCGCCUACGACAGCAACCUGAUGCCUUACACCAACUACACGUACGACUUUAAGGGUGUGAUUGACUACAUCUUCUUCUCUAAAACUCAUCUGAGCGUGCUCGGUCUAAUGGGACCGCUGGACAGCCAAUGGCUUGUUGACAACAACAUCACCGGCUGCCCCCACCCCCACAUCCCCUCUGACCACUUCUCUCUGCUCGCCCAGCUGGAGCUCAAGCCUCCCAUCCCGCCCCCUUCCUUUAACGGGCUACACCUGCCAGUCCAUAGGUAGUGCCCCGCCCCCUCCCCAGGUUUCUAAAGAGACGGUGUACAGUUUAUCAGUCACGUUUGGACGCCGUGCAGACCCAGCGAGUGAAGUAUUCGCCUCCACUUGAAAAUGUUUUUUAACCCCUCUUUAAAUUUGAAACCAAAUGUUGAGCUGGUUAGACGGCCACCGGUGGUAUCAGUCUCCUUCUUUUGUUUGAUAUUUUAUUGAUGGCUUUUAGAUCCAAAUCCUUCCACAAAAAAAAAAAAAAAAACUUUCCAAAAGAUGAUCCUCUUUUCUUCUUUCACACAGAUGGUAAAAAAACGACUUUUUAGAAUAAUAAUAAACGAAAA